CGUGCGCGUGCGUGCGUGACGAUCAUGAACCACAUGGACGCGUCGCGACAGAGUGCCUUCAUGGUCGGCAACCCGCCUCUGGCCGCUCUGCACACGAUGACAGAGAUGAAGCAAAGCCUCAUGCAGCAGAACGGUUACCCGUGCAGCGUCAACAACGGCAACAACAGCAGCGUCAUGUCGCAGGUCGGCAAAACGUCGAUGAACUACGCCGCCUACACGCUUGCGACUCCGCACGGCAUCAACGACAUCCUGAACCGGCCGGGGAUCGCGGCCGGGGUGGCGCCUUCGCUGCAGCUGCCGCACCUCAGCCUCAGCCCCGCCGGCAUGUACUUCGCUACGGGCGCCGCGCGCUUCGCCGGGAAGCCGAUGGGUGAGCUGCCCAGCCGGCCGCACCUCUACUGGCCGGGAAUCCCGCUCCAGACAGGAGGCUCGCCGUGGAGGGCCGACCGCAUGCCCGUCUGCUCGCCAGGUAGCAGCUACGACAAGGACGGAAAGAAGAAACACACGCGGCCGACGUUCUCCGGACAUCAGAUAUUCGCCCUGGAGAAAACGUUCGAGCAAACAAAAUAUCUCGCCGGUCCGGAGCGGGCCAGACUGGCCUAUUCUCUCGCCAAUGUCCGAAUCACAGGUAGCAGCUACGACAAGGACGGAAAGAAGAAACACACGCGGCCGACGUUCUCCGGACAUCAGAUAUUCGCCCUGGAGAAAACGUUCGAGCAAACAAAAUAUCUCGCCGGUCCGGAGCGGGCCAGACUGGCCUAUUCUCUCGCAAUGUCCGAAUCACAGGUCAAGGUAUGGUUCCAGAAUCGGCGGACAAAAUGGCGGAAGAAACACGCCGCAGAAAUGGCGACGGCGAAAAAGAAACACGAUAGCGAAGCGGCACGGCACAUGGCGGACAACUCCGACGACGAAAUCGAGAGCGAAAAGAUGCAGAAGUUGUACGCGGAAGACGCCAUGUUGUUUAAUACCAACAGCACCGAUAGCAACAGUAGCGGGAACAAUCACAGCUGUUUGCUGCCCACCAGCUGAAGUCGCCAUGUUGGCCGACCGACACCAUCGCGUGAUUCGCCGACUAAAAGCGGCUCGUGGGGCUUUUAUUAGAAGUAGUCACUUGUCACUGCGCCGACGAUACGCGACAUGGCGUAACUCGGUGUGUAAAUGCGUAUAACGCUAGUCCGCGCUGCAUUGGAAACGGACUGGCGAGCGUGUGCGACCGCGUAGCAACUUCCAAACGGCAAAUUGCUAUACGCGUGUUUUCGAAUGUAUAUGUUAGCGUAAUUAGCAAAAAUACGUUCAUAUUUAUCGACUGUACAUAUAAUAUAUCGGACGAUUUAAGCUGCAUUGUUACAGUAUAUGAACGCCGAGUGUUCAGAAAAUAUAAAGAUUUUAGGCAGGAGUUAAGCUACACAAGGGAACAAUAUAUUGUUUCGAAUGUACCGUAACUCGAUAACAGUUUAAAUUCGAUAAAUUGCCUCGGCCGUACCUUGCUCUUUAUUAUCAAACACCGAUAAAAUGAGCCGACCAGAGAUGAGUUACGAUAGCGGCCUUUUUUACUAGAUUCUGCUUCUGUAGGCCUACAUAUAUAGAUAAAAACGUACGCAUUACUGACAAUUUCUGUAGGGUAGGCACCAACUGUAAAUACCGGCAGACCGGGUUAUACGCUAAAUAUCAUAGAAUAAGAUGAAGCGGUGUAGUGUUAUGCGAUAAAUGAGGAGAGAUAGUAACUAUCAGUCACGUCCGACUACAAUCGCACAGAUUGAAUUUACGUCGCCCGCUCUUCUAACAGCUACCAACCAACGCUAUUUUUACUCCACGAAAUUCGUUUAUCGAUGAAUUUCGGAUGCGAAUGAUGGACCGAUGGCAGUAGCUAGCGUGAGUUUCUGCAGAUUAGGCGCGGAAUCAAGUGUUAUGAUCUUGAUACGUAACAACGUAGUAGGUCCAUCGUUCCCCGUUUC